GUGAGCUCGGCGCACCUGGGCCGGGCAGGUGAGGGCUGGUGCGGGACGGGGAGCGGAGCCCGCAGUCCCCACCAGCGCUGAGCCUGGCGCCACUUGCCCAAGUCGUCGAGGAACGCCGUGGCGACGGGUGAUCCUAGCUGGAGACUUGGUUCGUAGGGACGUCCGCUUCGGGAAGCCUGAUUGAGGAAAGGAAUAGAAUCUUUGGGUGGCCAGGAGAAAAGGAAGCUGAUUUCAGGUCCAGCUGUUCGGAUCCUUGAGGACAUACUGCCUGCUCGUCCAUACCAUGGCCCUCCACCCCCGCAGAGUCCGGCUGAAGCCCUGGCUUGUGGCCCAGGUGGAUAGUGGCCUCUAUCCUGGGCUCAUCUGGCUACAUAGGGACUCCAAGCGCUUCCAGAUUCCCUGGAAACAUGCUACCCGGCAUAGCCCCCAACAAGAGGAGGAAAAUACCAUCUUCAAGGCCUGGGCUGUGGAGACAGGAAAAUACCAGGAAGGGGUGGAUGACCCUGACCCGGCUAAAUGGAAGGCUCAGCUCCGCUGUGCUCUCAACAAGAGCAGGGAAUUCAACCUGAUGUAUGAUGGCACGAAGGAGGUACCCAUGAACCCAGUGAAGAUAUAUCAAGUGUGCGACAUCCCCCAGCCCCAGGGCUCGAUCAUUAACCCAGGAUCCACAGGGUCUGCUCCUUGGGAUGAGAAGGAUAAUGAUGUGGAUGAAGAAGAUGAGGAAGAUGAGCUCGAUCAGUCACAGCACCAUGUUCCCAUUCAUGAUACCUUCACCUGCCUGAACAUCGAUGGCUCUCCCAUAGCACCAGCCAGCGUGGGCAACUCCAGCCCUGAAGCAGUGUGGCCCAAAACGGAACCUGUGGAGAUGGAAGUACCCCAGGCACCUAUACAGCCUUUCUAUAGUUCUCCCGAGCUGUGGAUCAGCUCUCUCCCCAUGACUGACCUGGACAUCAAGUUUCAGUACCGUGGGAAAGAGUAUGGGCAGACCAUGACAGUGAGCAACCCCCAGGGCUGCCGACUCUUCUACGGUGACCUGGGUCCCAUGCCUGAUCAGGAGGAGCUCUUUGGUCCUGUCAGCCUGGAACAGGUUAAGUUUCCAAGUCCAGAGCAUAUCACCAAUGAGAAGCAGAAGCUGUUCACCAGCAAGCUGCUGGACGUCAUGGACAGAGGACUGAUCCUGGAGGUUAGCGGUCAUGCCAUUUAUGCCAUCAGGCUGUGCCAGUGCAAGGUCUACUGGUCUGGGCCAUGUGCCCCAUCACUUGUUGCCCCCAACCUGAUUGAGAGACAAAAGAAGGUCAAACUGUUUUGCCUGGAAACAUUCCUUAGUGAUCUCAUUGCCCAUCAGAAAGGACAGAUAGAGAAGCAGCCACCAUUUGAGAUCUACUUAUGCUUUGGGGAAGAAUGGCCAGAUGGGAAACCUCCAGAAAGGAAACUCAUCUUGGUUCAGGUUAUUCCGGUGGUGGCUCGAAUGAUAUACGAGAUGUUUUCUGGUGAUUUCACACGAUCCUUUGACAGUGGCAGUGUCCGCCUGCAGAUCUCGACUCCAGACAUCAAAGAUAAUAUUGUUGCUCAGCUGAAGCAGCUGUACCGCAUACUCCAAACCCAGGAAAGUUGGCAGCCCAUGCAGCCUGCUCCCAGCAUGCAACUGCCCUCUGCCCUACCAGCUCAGUAAUCAUGAAUGCCAUCUUCUUCCUUUUCUUUUUAAAAAUAUUGUACAUAUGGAUAUUUUUUAUUAUUCAGAUUUAAUCAGCUUUUAAACCUAUCUUUUCUGUAACAAUAUUAGUAGCCUAUGACCUUAUUCAAUGCUGCCUAGCUUUUAAAAUUGAUUUAAUUUAUGGGAAAAUCACCCUUCAGACUUCAAUGUUUUAAUCCUCCUAAUGGUAGUACAAUGUAAUAUAAGGAGAUCUGGCCUGGGAGUUGGACACCAGCGUUCUAGCUGCAGCUUUGUUUCCAGUGGUGUGACCUUGAACAAGAUAUUUAACCUUUGGACUUCAGAUUCAUCACUUGUAAAGUGAAGGGGUUGGAAUGAUGCCUAAAAUUGCAUCUAGCUUUAAAACUGCUUUGAUGACUUCAUUCUACAUGUACAAGGAAAAACUGCCUGGAACAGCACCCUUCUGCAUUGUUGUUCUUGUACCACAUUUUUUUUUUUUUUUUUCGCUUUCAUUAAAGUUCCCUCAAUCACUGAUUUGUGCAGGAUCAAACUCUGUUUGACCUGUUCUGCUAGUAUAGUAAGCUGGCUCCUGAUGGGGGUAGUGAGAGGGAGGGGAGCUUGCUGGUUGCUUAGGAACCAAGCUUGAUGUCUAAAUAGAAAUGGGUGCCAAAGUCUGAAAGUCACCCUGCCUGUGGAGUAAAAGCUCAUAUAUUGAGCCUCUUGUUGAUAUAGAAUUUGGUGGAAGAAUGAGUUGUUGGGUGUUUUUCUUUUCACCAGAUACCACUGUGUGUGUGUGUGUGUGUGUGUUCGUGUGUGUGUGUGUGUUCAUGUGUGUGGUAGAUGAGCGCGUAUGACUCUGGUGGUGGCCUUCAGAGGAAGGAGUUCUUUUUCUUAUUUUCUUCUCUGAGGAAGACCUGGGAGUGAGCUGGGCAUAUAGGAUGAACUCCUUUGACUACAAAGGGAACAGCUCCUCCUUGUUUGUGGACUUUCAAAGACUUACUGUCAUUUGGGUUUUUUGCACUUGGGAAAGCUGGGUGUUGGGUGUUAAGGCCAGGGUGAAGAAGUGCUGGGCAAUGCUCUUUUCUGGAAAAGCCUCACCUAGAACAAACCCGAUUCUCUCCCUUCCCAGUGGAGGUAGCGGGGUGUGAAUAAUUAAAGAGUUGGUGUGAACUUUGCAGCUGUAUCUGCCAUAAACUGGUCUUAUCUAGUAACUUUUGCUCUGCCCCUGAUCCUUUUGGCUCUUCUCUUUUUUGAAGAAGAAACUAUACAUUAUUUAAACUCAGCGACCUAAAUGGAAAACAAGAUGCCUGUCUCUGGUUACAAGCCACAUUCCACUUGAAUACUGUGGCCUGUUUGUACCACACCAUAGGAAGGAAGCUCGUGUCUAUUCUGCCACCCUUAACCAAGCCACCUCCUACUUUUCAAAUGACUAAGAAGUUGGGCUUGCUUUAUUUAAAAAACUAAAUGCUCAACUCACUUAAGAGCAGCAGUGUGACAUUUAUUUAUUUAGAAUGCUUAAGUCCUGGUUUAGAGUCUAUAAGGAACCUAGUGUGAUCUCCUGUUACUGAAGAAUGGCCAAGAGAAAUCUGGGUAAACGUCAGGUAUCCAGCUUUGAGCAAAAUGGCUUCUAGAGACUAGGAGGCUUACAAAGCAUAGGAACUUCACAUUUUUGGUCAUUUUGUUGAAUGGUUGGUGUGAGGGGAUUUAGCCUUGAGGAACCCUAUCUGGGUAGCUCAAAGUUUAAAAUCCAUUAUAUGUAAAUUGGGGGAAAAAGGAUUGGAUCUGGGCUGGUCCCUACCACAUAUAAUUAAGCCUCCUAUUAUAUAUUUUCAUAGCACACUAUAUUUCCCCUUUUAGAAUAAUCAAUUCUCUUGUAAUAAUCCUUGCUUUGUAAUCCUGCUUGACUGCAGAUUUGCUGAAGGUAGCGAUUGUUCCUCUUGUACUUUGCUGAUAGCCCAGUGUCUGGUACACAAUAUGUUCUCAAAUAUCUGUUGUUGUAAUAAAUGAAUGAACUAAGUAAGUCUUUCAUUUUAGGGCUUUAUUGCUAACCACCAUGGGAAAAAAGUUUAAUAAAUAU